UUCAGAAGGCACAAAGCUGCGCUGGCGCACGCUUGCUCGCCAUCGGUUAUCGCUCUAUUCGGAAUUUAAUAUAUAUAUUUUUAUUAUAAAACAUUAAGUGAUUAAACGUUUCAUCAAUUUUUGUUGAAUAAAAGUAAUUAAUCAAUAAACCGAUCAUCAAUUUUAUUAGACAUAAUGGCGACUUCCGUGAAUUUAUUCGUAUUCGGAAUUAUAUUGCAAAUUACAUUUGUGUCCCCGAUUGCUGAAAUUGAGGCGGAUGAUGAAGUGCUGCACUUGAUAGGCGAGCCAGAUUUCCGUGAUGUUCGAUUGCGAUGGGAGUACGGAAAGACUGAUGAGGAGGAUCCCAAGAAGAUUUUGGCUUUCCAAAUACAUUACUGCGAACUGCAAGCCUGGGGACAAUAUAGAUGCAGAACCAAGGUUGUCGAUAAUUUUGAAGAUGAAAGAUCUGCAAGGAUGACAUUAGAAACAACAACAAGUAAGGUACCCGUCGGAAAGCGUGGUCGAACAUACACGACAUAUAUUACAGGAUUACGAAUGGCUACCACAUAUUCGUUUGAGGUUCGACCAGUGAAAAGAGAUGCUAGGGAUCUCGCAGAUCCACACUCUAUUGGAUCGAAGAUUAUAAUUGUACCCACCAAGGGAUUCUCAGCACGAGCUACACAAUGCCUGCCCCACGCGAGCGAAGUUGAAGUAUCAACUGGACCAUACUUCGGUGGCCGCAUUGCCGUGGAAGCAGCAGAUGGGGGCCCAGAACGAUGUUCUCUUCAAGGAAAUCCCAAUAGUGCCCAGGACGCCUACAUACUACGAAUUCUUCACGAAGAAUGUGGUUCCGAGGUCAAUGAUACUACGGUCGCCACUUACGUGAUCGUUCAAGAAAACCUACCAAUACUCACCCACAGUACCCGCCGGUUUUUAGUUUUAUGUACUUACAAACCGGAGACAUUGACGGUGCGAGCUGGUAUUAACUUACCAAAGGCGAAUCCUGGAGAUGUUUUGGUGGAAACAAAACCUCACGGUGUGGUGGAGCCGUACGAUGAGCAGGAAUUAAACGAUAAUAGCUUGCAACCGGCUAGGCUUGAAGCUACAAAGGAGGAAUCGCAACAAAGUAUGUUUGGAGAGAUCACUUUAGUUAUGUUCCUGGUGGUAGCUGCAUUUGGUGGUGUGGCUUUCUUGAUCUGGAAGAUGGUACCUCAAGACGAUAAAGGGAACAGUGAUAAUGUGUCUAUUUCCACUGUGUCUUCUCUUUCGCGUACAGGAAUAUUCCGUAGGGGCAAUAUAGAUAGAUUUAAUAGAAGUUCUAUUUAUUCAAUAACAUUAUCAGAAAAGGAUGAAACUGUUAAAAAACCUAGUGACGGAGACGAUACUUCGGAGGCAUAAUCCUUAAAACGUCACGAGUGCUCUUUUGGCUGUUUACACUUUAUACUUUUGCCUGAUAUAAGCCAAAACAACAUAAAAAUCUUUGCACUGUGGCGUGCCUUGUAUUUUGGUACAAAUUAAAUAAU